AGAGCUAACCCCUACUAUGCCAUUUAUAAGGUUGGCCACCUCUUUUGCUUUCUUAGACAAAACACAUCUCCCUAUUAAUUCCUACUUUCUUUUCUUGUUUAAUCUAAAUCUAAAUUUAAAUUUAAAUUUAAUUGUGCUCAUCUCCUAUUAAACACCACAUUAAACCCCUCUCUCUCUCCCUCUCCCUCUCCACCAACACCAUUCGAUCAUCGUCGCCGCCGCCGCCUCCGCGGCCGAUUUUUUUCACACACAACACACAGUGCAUGCGCGCGAUACGACAUGUCAAGAGUCGUAUCGCUCUCCCCCGUCCGCGACAGCCUCCCCUUCUACAACAGAAGAGAAGCGGAGGCGGAAUUUGAGACAACAUCACGCGCCGCCGCCGCGGCAGCAUGCACCUCGUCCUCCACCACGCUCGGCCAGCUCCUGAAGUGCGUCGGCGACGUGCGGAAGGAAGCCGUCGGCGACGAAACUCCGGUGCACCAGGUGCUCGACAUGAGCGACGACGCCGCCGCCGAGCCGCGGACGAUCCCCUUCGUCCUCGCCUUCAGCCACCUCACCUACAGCGUGAAGUCCCGCCGCAGAGCCGCCGUCUUCCGCCCACGCGCCGCCGAUGAUUUGCCCGGAGCGAAGAUAAUACUCGACGACAUCUCCGGCGAGGCGCGCGACGGAGAGAUCAUGGCCGUGAUGGGCGCCUCCGGCUCCGGGAAAUCGACUUUGAUCGACGCGCUGGCGAAUCGCAUGGCGAAGGAGAGCUUGAAAGGAUCGAUCACUCUCAACGGCGAGCAGCUGGAAUCGAGGUUGCUGAAAGUCAUCUCGGCUUACGUAAUGCAAGACGAUCUCCUCUUCCCGAUGCUCACCGUGGAAGAAACCCUAAUGUUCGCGGCGGAGUUCCGGCUGCCGCGGACGCUGUCGCGGUCGAAGAAGAAGCUCCGCGUGGAGGCGCUGAUCGACCAGCUAGGGCUCCGCGGCGCCGCGGGGACCGUCAUCGGCGACGAAGGCCACCGCGGCGUCUCCGGCGGGGAGCGGCGGCGCGUGUCGAUCGGCACCGACAUCAUCCACGACCCGAUCCUCCUCUUCCUCGACGAGCCGACCUCCGGCCUCGACUCCACGAGCGCGUUCAUGGUGGUGAAGGUGCUGCAGCGGAUCGCGAGGAGCGGCAGCAUCGUGAUCAUGUCGAUCCACCAACCGAGCUCGCGGAUCAUGUCGUUGCUCGAUCGCAUGAUCUUCCUCUCGCGCGGGAAAACCGUCUUCAACGGCGCGCCGGCGAAUUUACCCCUCUUCUUCUCCGAUUUCGGCCAGUCGAUCCCCGACAACGAGAAUCGGACUGAAUUCGCGCUUGAUUUGAUUAGAGAACUGGAAGGAUCCGCCGGUGGAACUAAAAGCCUCGUCGAAUUCAACAAAUCAUGGCAGACGACAUUCAUCAACAGAGGCGGAUUUGAAAAUUCUUCGAAUUUGUCGCUCAAGGAGGCGAUCAGCGCGAGCAUAUCGAGGGGGAAGCUAGUGUCCGGCGCCGCCGCCGCCGGAGGCGGAGGCGGCGCCCCGAUGGUGCCGACGUUCGCGAACCCUAUCUGGACGGAAUUGGCGGUUUUGUCGAAGAGAUCCUUCAUGAACUCGCGGCGGAUGCCGGAGCUCUUCGGCGUGCGGCUCGCGGCGGUGGUGGUGACCGGAUUCAUCCUCGCCACCAUGUUCUGGCGGCUGGACGACUCGCCGAAGGGCGUACAGGAGCGGCUAGGGUUCUUCGCCUUCGCGAUGUCGACGACGUUCUACACGUGCGCCGACGCGCUGCCGGUUUUUCUUCAGGAACGGUAUAUAUUCAUGAGGGAGACGGCGUACAACGCCUACCGGCGGUCGUCGUACGUGCUGUCGCACUCGCUGGUGUCGAUUCCGGCGCUGGUGUUUCUCUCCCUCGCCUUCGCCGCCAUUACCUUUUGGGCGGUGGGGCUCGACGGCAGCUUUUUAUUCUAUUUUCUGAUAAUUCUGGCGUCGUUUUGGGCGGGGAGCUCGUUCGUGACGUUCCUCUCCGGCGUGGUGCCGCACGUGAUGCUAGGGUACGUGAUCGUGGUGGCGAUCCUGGCCUACUUCCUCCUCUUCAGCGGCUUCUUCAUCAACCGCGACCGGAUUCCGCCGUACUGGAUCUGGUUCCACUACAUCUCGCUGGUGAAGUACCCGUACGAGGCGGUGCUGCAGAACGAGUUCGCGGAUCCGGUGAAGUGCUUCGUGCGCGGCGUGCAGAUCUUCGACGGCACGCCGCUGGCGGCGGUGCCGGCGGCGAUGAAGGUGAGGCUGCUGGACAGCAUGAGCGGGACGCUGGGGAUGAGGAUCACCGCCACCACCUGCGUCACGACGGGGGCGGAUAUCCUGAGGCAGCAGAGCGUCGACGACCUCAGCAAGUGGAACUGCCUGUGGGUGACGGUGGCGUGGGGGUUCUUCUUCAGAGCGCUCUUCUUCGUCGCGCUGCUGAUCGGGAGCAAGAACAAGAGGAGGUGAUGGUGAUCGGCGGUGGCCGUCCUCGGCGGAGAUGGAGGCGGAGUAGAAGAUGAUCAUGAGGAUUUGGCGGGAAAAUUGGAAUGGGUGGAAUUGAAUUGAACGGUUCGAUUUGGGCGGAUUUAAAUUUGGGUUUUUUUUUUAGUUUUGUUAUUUAAAUAUCAAGAAGAAAUUAAGGGGUUUUUAUUUAUUUAUUUAUCCUUUUUUUUAUAAAUAAUUCUGACUUGAUAAA